AUGCGUGUCGUGUUUUUCGCCAUUUUGCUCCUGUCUGCCAUCUUGUCGUGCUCAACACAGGCUCAGUAUCCGCGCCCGCGUCGCCCUGAACGAUUCGACACGGCAGAGCAAAUAUCAAACUAUUUAAAGGAACUCCAAGAGUAUUAUUCUGUUCAUGGGCGAGGCCGGUAUGGGAAACGAGAAAUGCGCAUAGCCGACGCGUCUGUGAUUUUUAGAGACAUGCCAUUCUUCGAUAACAAACUCAACGACGAAGCCCUGUUUAAACAUUUUGGAUACAAGUAA